AUGGCAGAUAUCAAGAAUUCAGAUAAGAUUCCAUGCACAAUACUGAAGACACAGAUAGAUAUCAGCAGGGCUCGAUUAGCACUGGAGAAGUACGUACAUGAUGCGCAAUAUCGUUUCUUGCACAAUCAAAUUUCAAAUUUGUUCGCUGAUCUUCUUAGGGAUGAUCUCCAGUUUUUGGCCUCGGGAAGAAUUGACGAGAUUAGUAUGGCUUCCAAAUUAUGUCCCUCUCUUGAUUCUGUUUGUGAUAAAUCGACCCUGAUAUGUGAGGGAAUUGCAAGAAAGCUAUUUCCGCCUGAAUCUGAUGAGGAGUAUAAGGAGAUUGACGAAACCCACUAUGCUUAUAGAGUCCGAAAUCGUUUACGUAAACAAGUCCUUGUUCCUCUCCGCAAAGCUCUCGGAGCUGGAGCAGACCGAGUAACAGUGCCAACAACAAAGAAAGAUUUAGGUAAAAAGCUGUUCAUGCUUUAUCAAAAGGACAAAAGGCUUUUGACUGGAGACAGUGAAGAAAGAUUAACAAUUUUGCUGGAUAUAUACACUAAGGGUAGAAGCAAGGUUGGUCCUCAUCAUAUUGUCGCUUGCUUGAAUGAUGAAAGCGUUCAAUAUGACGCCGUAGAGAUUCGAUGGCGCAAUAUAGUGGAAGCUUGUGCCAAGAAACAAGAAUGGAGAAACUGUUUGGCCAUUUACAAUGUGUCAGGAGGCACUAGAAAUGCAGCAAUGGAUUUUGCUCUCGGUAUGGGGUUGCUGAUCUCAGAAAUCAGUGACGAGCCUUGGAAGGGAAAAGUGCUCACAUUCGGCACUGACCCCAUAUUUUGCAGGAUUGAAGGAAGUGAUCUGAGAUCAAAGAUUGAGUUCAUGAGAAAAUUAAGGCAAUGUGAAAAUAUAAGGUUUUCCAAGGUUUUCGAUCAAGUUCUAGAAGCUGCAGUUGCUGGAAAUAUGAGUUUGGAUAGGAUGGUGAAGAAGAUAUGUGUUUUCACUGAUGUGGACUUUGAGAAGGCUGCAAAUAAUUUUUGGGCAACGUGGGCAAGCUUACGCAAGUAUCAGACUCGAGGGUAUGAGAAAUUGCCGGAGAUUGUGUUUUGGGAUGUUAAAGAAUGCGUUAGUGUCCCACAGGUAAAGAAGUUUAAUGGUUUGGUUAUUGUUAAGGGAUUUUCUGAUAGUUGGGCAAAUGCAUGGCUGAGAAAAGGUGAGUUCGCAACGCCGGAGGAGAUGUUGAGGAUGGUUCCAACACCAGAGGAACUGAUGAGAUCCGCCCUUCACAGAAAAGAACUCCAAAAUUUGAUUGUGUUCGAUUGA